AUGUCUACAGAACGAUUUGAUUGCCAUUACUGCAAAGAUUCACUGCUUGGAAAAAAAUACAUCCUAAAAGAAGACACGCAGUACUGCACCAAGUGUUAUGAAAACCUCUUUGCUAACUGUUGCGAGAGUUGCUCCUUACCAAUUGGGUGCAACAACAAGGAUCUCUCCUACAAGGAUCGCCACUGGCAUGAGAACUGUUUUAAGUGCGGCAAAUGCGGCCGCUCCUUAGCGGAGAAAGCAUUUGCUGCUAAAGAUGACCUUCUGCUCUGCACCGAGUGCUACUCCAAUGAGUACUCAGCCAAGUGCACUAACUGCACAAAAACUAUCCUGCCAGGCUCACGGAAAAUGGAGUACAAGGGGAACAGCUGGCACGAGACCUGCUUUCUGUGUCAGCGCUGCCAGCAGCCGAUAGGAACCAAGUCCUUCAUCCCCAAAGAUAAUAGCUACUUCUGUGUCCCCUGUUUCGAGAAGCAGUUCGCCUAUCAGUGCUGCUCCUGCAAGAAAGCCAUCACCACUGGUGGGGUGACCUACAAUGAUAAGCCAUGGCACCGCGAAUGUUUUACUUGCAUCGGCUGUAAGAAACAGCUGGCAGGGCAACGCUUCACCUCCCGAGAGAACUACCCCUACUGUCUGGAGUGCUUCAGCAACCUGUAUGCUAAGAAAUGUGUUGGCUGCACCAAAACUAUAACAAGUUUGGCAGGAGCGAAGUAUGUGUCAUUUGAGGAGCGUCAGUGGCACAGUGAGUGUUUCACAUGCAUGCAGUGCUCCGUGUCACUCGUGGGCCGUGGUUUCCUCACACAGCGUGACGACAUUCUGUGCACCGACUGUGGACGUGAGAAGUGA